UUGUCAUUCCUUUGUAUCGGUCGAGGAUCUUGACACUACUGGGACCACUGGCGAGGACGCGCUCUCGCGUCGUUCUCUCUGCGCGCUCCCGUGCCACCUUCAUUUCAAGUAGCUGUAGUUUUCUUCGCAACGCCCUGCUUUCAUUCUGGCUUUGAGUUAUUUCCAAACGAAACACUGCAUAGUCAUCGUCUACGAGUUUACAGAUAUCUGCCACGGCUGCAUUCGCUAGCACCUCCAUAAUGGAGGCUAUUUGAGUGUGAAAAACCAUAGGCCUACAGUUAGCCAUUGUUAGCAGCUAGCUAGCGUUACCUUAAUAACAUCUAUCAACCAAGGCCUGUCUCCAACGCGAAUUUAACACUGCCUGGGGUAAGUAUGUGUGGCUGUGCAGUUACAUAAGUAAUAUUUUGAGUUUCAAGGUGAUAAUAAAAGUAUAUAUAACAACAAUAAAAACGCUGCCGUGGAUAUUGUUCUUGGUUACUUUUCACUUCCGUUGACAGUUCUUCUUCAGUGGUUCUUAAAUGGUUGGCAACCAACUUUAGUGAUGCAUUACUGCCACAAAUUGAACUUGAGUGUGGACCAGAGACUGCGACAGUCAAAAGCCUAGUUCACAUCCCUACCCAAUUAAACCAUUAUACCUAAGGAAAUGGAAUACAUUAUUAAAUAGAAUAUCACCUUAAGAUUUUCUGAAUGUGAAAGAGUAAGCUCUUCGAUCCAUGUGCGGAUCGUUCAAUCAAUAUCUGAACUUCUUGACCAGAACCCUGGCACCUUGGGUAAACCACUAGGAGCAGAGCCCCACGACAUAGGACUGUCAUUUAAGUCAUUUACAUUUAAGUCAAACGUUCACUCCGUGAGAUUGACAAUGAGAGAAAAAUGAAAAUUGUGUUUGUGAGAAGAGACUUUCAUAAUCUCUGCAUGCACUCGGACUAAUUUAUUGCAUUCGACAAUGAUUUUCAACUUGUUCAAUAUCAAGGUUUCAAGCUCUCAAGUUUAAUUUCCAACCCUGUCUAUGCACGAUCAAAGUAGUUUAUGCGCUUGCGCGACUGGUUUUCUUCGAUACAAAUCUGCUCGCGCUGUGAUUUAUAUUCUUGCUUGCGUGCUCCAUCUCAAUUUGGCACUCAUCUGAUGAGAAGAGGUGCAAUUUACAUUGUUGCCUGUAAUGGUUAAUGGUUCAAAUGAAAGAGAUUUGUAAUUUUUAUGUAUUUUUAUUUAAGAAAGAAAGUUGUUCAUUUUUUGUUGUUAUAUUUCACCCCCUUUUUCGAUCUUGUCUCAUCAUUGCAACUCCCCAACGGGCUCGGGAGGCAAAGGUCGAGUCAUGCCUUCUCCGAAACGUGACCCGCCAAACCGCGCUUCUUCACGCCAGCUGCACCAAUGUGUCGAGGAAACACCGUUCACCUGACAACCGAAGUCAACCUGCAGGCGCCCGACAAGGAGUCGCUAACAUGGAUGACGCCCUCCCGACCCUGUAGUGACGCCUCUAGCACUGCAAUGCAGUGUCUCACAUGCUGACCACACCGCUUGUGGCCACCCACAUCAGACAGGAUCAGGACACGCAGGUUGAAAUAUCAAAACUAACUCUGAACCAACUGUAUUAAUUUGGGGACAGGUCGAAAAGCAUUAAACAUUUAUGGCAAUUUAGCUUGCUGUUGCUAGCUAAUUUGUCCUGGGGUAUAAACAUUGGGUUGAUAAUUUGCCUGAAAUGCACAAGGUCCUCUACUCUGACAAUGAAUCCACUGAUAAAAGGGAAAAUUGAGUUUGUUUCUAGUAAUCUCUCCUCCUUCUUUGCACUUUAUAUGGCAGUUGGCAACCAACUUUAAGGUGCAGUACCAACAGGACUGGAGUGUGGACCUCAGUUCACCUUUCAAUCACCCACGUGGAUAUAAGCUCCUAAAAACCAAUGAGGAUAUGGGAGAGGCUAUGCAGACGUGCGCAAGCAGUGCGGGUGCAAUAAUUGAAUAACAUUCAAUAGAGAUGGAGAAUGGGAAGCAUGAUCUGUUGCUAGUCAAAGAGGAGAUAAGAGGACGGACGAGCAAACAUUGAUCUGCUGAAGAUGGAAGAGCAAGGUGGUUGGCUGGAGGCUAACAGAGGAGAGUGCGUAUCCAUCUUGGAUUCCAAGACCCAGAUGGGUGCAGCCAAGGGCCCAGGGGACGACAUCACAGAUCAGGCCAGGACCAGAGGCGACAUAGUGGAGGUCAAUGGAUAGGACAGCGUCUUCAAAACUGGUCUGGGGACAACACUUUUCACCACAACCAGAAACUGAUAGUUUAACACAAAACAACAACAACCUUCGUCUCCAUGACAACAUACUGGCUGAGACCAGGUCUGCAGUCCAUGAAGACUGUUGACCUGUAUUCGGUGUUGCUGGUGGGAGAGACUGGACCUCUGAGGUGGCUGGUCACAAACCCUGUCCCCGGAUCAGGACACUGGAUCAGGAGCCAUCUCUCUUCCUUCCCGAGUCGGACCUGGCACCGAACCACUAGGGACAGAGACUUCACCACCACACAGAUCACCACCAGUGGACAGGUGGACUGAACAACCUCAGUCCUGCUGGUCAUCAGAGAGACAGAGGCUCCAGUCAUGGAUCCAGUCCACAGCCCAGACCCUUCUCUUCACAGUCUCAGAGCAGGGAUGAAGCAGGACCUGGGGCUGAUAGAGAGAGACCCUCCUGUUCCUAUGAUACAAACACCACAGUAUCCAGGAUGACCAGAACAGGUCACCCUGGACUUCAGCCUUCACAGAGAGUGGUGGGAGACUCCCCUGGUGGUAGUCUUAUCAGGAAGUCUGUUUUCUCCCUCAGCUUCUCAUCUAAUGCCUCGUGACUGGGUUCAUAGAAGGUCUGGGCCUGAACCUGGGUCUAGCCUUCCUCAAUUAGAGUACCUCGUGGUUACCCCACCAAUACAGACAGUACCAGGAUGGGCAUUCACAACAAAAGGUACAGUGCAUUGACAAAGUAUUCAUACCCCUUCCCAUUUUCCCCAUUUUGUUACGUUACAGCCUUAUUCUAAAAUGCAUACAAUUUAAAAUUGGGUGUUUAUCGAACAUAUGAUUAAUUGUACUGCAUAAACAAACAAAAAGACAAAGAAACUGGAGCUGAAAGGUUUUUGGGUUUCCAGGACUUCACUGCCGAAACAUUGCAAAGAAUACUGUCUGAAGAUGCUCUUCUUCUCAGGCCCCAGAGCCUAAAUAAAGGAGUACAUUGAGUUUUGCCUUGUUGAUAAGAGCGUCUGCUAAAUGACUUAAAUGUAAAUGUAUUUGUAUUUUGUUAAUUAUUUGGGCUCAUAUACAGCCAAAACAGUAGGUGGCGGCAUGCACCUAUAGCAUUUGUUUUCGGACCACCAUAAUAUCAAAGAAGAAGACCCCGUAUAGUAGGUGGCUACAAUACACCAAUAGGUGUAAUCGAAAACUUUAAAGAAGAAGAACGGAAGUGAACAGUGACCAGAAACGAGCGUUGUUAUUUAGACAUUUAACAUAAUUACCCCAGGUGGUAUUUAAUUCGCGUUGGUCCCGGGUCUUUGUUUAUAGAUGCUAUCUGGCUGCUGGUUAGCUAAAAAUGGCUAACGUUAACUGUAUGGUUUUUCACACUCAGAUAGCCUCCGUCAUGGAGGUUCUAGCGAAUGCAGCCGUUGCAGAGAUCUGUAAAGUCGUAGACGACGACUAUGCAGUGUUUCGUUUGGAAAUAACUCAAAGCCAGAAAGAAAACAGGGGAUUGCGGAGGAAACUACAGCUACUGGAAAUUAAGGUGGCACGUGAGCGCGCAGAGAGAUUGGUGCGAGAGCGCGCACUCGCCAGUCGUCCCAGUAGUGUCAAGAUCCUCGACAGAUACAGAGGAAUGGCAAGAGGUGAAGGACAUCUAACUGGAGGCCACACAAGCUUUGUGAAGCCAGCAGGACACAAUACAUGGAGAGAUGACCAACCAAUCACAAUUGAUGAGGGGAGUAGAACCUCAACCCAGCACGUUAUGAUGAUAGAGUCUGCAGAUACAGGUCCUGGGGUCAAGCUGGAGAGGUCUGAAGGAGAGGAGGACCUACGGCAAAGCAGAGACAUUCAGACUGAAAUGGCUGGAGUGCCCCCUGUAGCCAUGCAGGACCCCAUGACAGCCCCAGUGCAGCCCAGAACCCGACACAGCAUCACGGAGGUCAGUGGACCACUGAACACCGUCCUCAAGACAGAGACCGAUACCAAUACUUUAACUGUAACACACAGGCAGUUACACACAGGAUCUGACCACAGAUCAGACCCAGAGAGACUGGAGCCACUGGGCUGUCCUCCUGCUUCUGGCUCAGAGUAUUUACCGAUAUUUCGCCAUAGGACGGUUCAUUCCAUUGGGGAUGGUGACGCGUUAGACACUGGUGGUAAUGAUCCGUCUUGUUCUUACGUUACAGAGAUGGACCCUGGUAACAUGCCCUUUGUUUUAGAGACACAGACUGAUCUCUCAAGAGGGGACUGGAACCGGCACAGUAGUAGUGGAUACUCUGAAGGGUGCCUAAAUAAGAAAGGGGAGGAUUUGGUCGUAGAUGAAGUGGAGGGUGACGUUCCUCCCACAUGGAAUGCAGCUAAUCACCUAGGAGACAGACACUCACAGGGCAGAGAUUUCUUAGAUUACAGGAAAAGCUUAGAGACAAAUCCAGAUGUCAUUACCCACUCCCCUUUACAUAUGCUCGGGGAUCGCGACCCAGUGUCCACGUCGAUGGGGCCUUCCGAUUCACAUGGCCAUGUCCAUUUCGAUCAGGCUCAGGGAGGGGGAGCCACAUCAGGCAACAGUAAAGAGAAACGGUUCCUCUGCAUGUUCUGUAACAAAGGAUUCAGCUGCCUCCAGAAGGUGGAGAUCCACCAGAGGGUCCACACAGGGGAGAAACCAUUUAGUUGUACUCAGUGUCAUAUGCGCUUCACCCAGGCUGGCCACCUGAAGAGACACCAGAUGGUCCACACAGGGGAAAAACCCUACAGCUGUACCCAGUGUCGCAUGCGUUUCGCCCAGGCUGGUGACCUGAAGAGGCACCAGAGGGGUCACACAGGGGAGAAACCCUACAGCUGCCCCCUUUGUGAGAAUAGGUUCUCAGAGAGGACCUACCUCAGGAUACACCAGCAGAAAAAACAUUCCACUCAAUAGAAAAUAACCAUUCCACUUGAUAGCUUCUGACUUGAGAUCAAACCCUUCACUAAAGACAAGGAUUCAUUUUUAUUUUUGUCAGCAGAAAAGACCCACAGAUGCAUUUGGAAUAACGAGAUUAACAGAUUUCAGUGUUUAAUUUUCCUGGGUAGAAUAUUGCAUCCAGACAUUGUGUGAUAUGUAAAGGCAUAUACAGUUGAAGUCGGAAGUUUACAUACACUUAGGUUGGAGUCAUUAAAACUCGUUUUUCAACCACUCCACAAAUUUCUUGUUAACAAACUAUAGUUUUGGCAAGUCGGUUAGGACAU